UCACGAGUUUGAACCAAUUGGUCAAAGCUCGUAGUGUAACAACAUUGUUCCUAUCGAAACACGACACUGCAAAGCCGUCGAUUUUAUCUUUCAGGGGGGCUCAUUUCGGUCUCUCACAACUACAUAAUUCUCUAUACUUUACCGUUAGAAUCUGGGAGGAGUUUUCACUCACGACAAAGCCAAAAAAAAACGAAAAGUCCCGUUGGUCCAAUUCCCCAGGUCCUGUUCCAUUGUGUAAGAGUACCGCUUCCCAUAAAAAACAGGUGAGGUGGGUUGGGACUGAAUUUGAAACUGAUUUCUCCCUCUUUCUCUCUUUAAUUUGCCCUUUAGAUCAGUAUAUUACGAUAGAGCAAGUUCAUAUUCAACAAGAAACAUAAGCCAUGAUAAGGACUUUGACCAGGAAUUUGGCGCAGAGACGCCUCUCUACGCUGUCGUACAAUAUUGCCCAGAUACCAAACAUCUCGAUCAAUUUGGGGCCUUAUCCCGUACAUUCGCCCUAUCUGAACCCUCAACACUAUUACCAGAACACAGUACUACAGACAUGGUCGCAAAAGACACCACAUCCUGUGACGCUUAUGCAUUUGGCACAGUAUGGUCGCUCGCUUACCAAGCAAAAGAUCAUCAUGAGUGCAAAUUUUGUGCGAUUAGAGCUGCCCAUCAGAAUCGCCAGGAAAUUGAUUGAGCUUCAGGAGCUGCCCUUUGAGGUGGUGAACAACUUCCAUCUAGCAAAAGUUUACGAGUCAUAUUACGAUAUCUUUGAGACAUUCAGAAAGUUCCCAGAGGUAAAGUCCAUUGAGGAUAACGAUGCAUUUUGUGCAAUGUUGGAGAACGUGCUAACAGAUGUUAAUUUGUUGAACUUGCCGAACUUGAUGAUGGGUGCUUUAGAAUGUUCCAUCUUGUCGUCGCUACCGAGAAAUCAGCUCGACGAACUCAUUUCUUCAUUACUUAGAGCUAGAAUCUCGAGGCGUCUGAUCAUUGAGGAGCACUUGUCUUUGACUAAGAACUACCAGGAUAAAAAGACACACUCUACCUCAAAGGAUCAGAAGACUCACAACGAGAUUGGUGAUAUUUUCUUCAAGUGCUCAGCUAGAGACCAUCUCGAGAUCACUGCUCAGAACGCUUCCAAAUUCACAGAAAACCUAUAUCCCGGUUUGAAGAUGCCAGAGCUGGUCAUUGAAGGUAACAGUGACCUCCAGUUCCAAUUUCUAACACCACACUUACACUUCAUGCUUGGUGAAAUCCUGAGAAACUCGUACGAAGCAACAAUGGCCCAUUUUGUCAGCCACAAUCCAAACCACAAGACGGACCAACCACCACCGGUGUCUGUAUGUCUCAUAGAUAACAAAGACCACGUUGCCUUCAGAUUCAGUGACCGUGGUGGUGGUGUGCCAAUAGAGCCUAUUGGCAAAGUGUGGUCUUUUGCUAAGGAUCCGACCCUUGCGAGAGCCUCCUUGGGCAACUUCCACAAGAUGGCACUAUGUACGCAGCCUCAGACCAGUCAGGCCGAUCAUGUGACGCAGGCUAGGGAAUCUCUCAUGAACACGUCAGUGGGUGGUAUUGACGAUAACUACAUGAAGGAGAAGACGUUGAUUAACCUGAUCCAAAGACCUGCAGAGUCUAAACUCGGGCUGGGACUGGCCAUGUGCAAAGUCUACGCAGAUUAUUGGAACGGUGACGUUGUGCUACACUCCAUGAAGGGUUACGGAACGGAUACUUACCUUAAGCUGGGUAAAUUGGGUUACUACAACGACAAGUUACAGCUGGACCGUGCAUAA